AUGGCAGAUGGUCGAAUGUCAACCUUCCUCGACAAGGAUGGAAGUAUCAUCGCAGAAGAAAAGAUCAUAGGGAUUGGCGCGUCGGGGAUUGUUGUUUUACAUGAAAGAAACGCGAUCAAGCUGCCUAUCAGACGCCCGGAAACGCGCCCUCAGAAAGUCGCGCUCGACCUGGCUGCCUUCGAGCGUGAGCAGGAUAUUCAUCGUCGACUGCAACCGACACCCGAAACAUCUGUCAAGGGAGUUAUUUCCUACAUUCGUCUCGACCACGGACUCAUCGAACUCAAAUACAUGGAGAAUGGAAGCCUUUUGAAGUGGCUUCGGCAGCCAACCGCUGAGAUCACCAUCGGUUUGCAGGUCAAGUGGUUCCACCAGUUAGCCACUGGCCUUGCCCACAUUCACAACCAUCGUGUCAUACAUGGAGACAUCUCCUGCCGAAAUAUUUUGAUGGAUAAAGAUCUCAAUGUUGUGCUUGCGGAUUUUGGUCAUUCAUCAAUGUUCUCCAUGCAAAGAAACAUGAUUGCAAACGGCAGGGAUACGAACGGGCGCACUGUGUGGACAGACCUCUGCCAGCUUGGUGGGGUGUUUUGGUCAAUUGCAACAGGUGAUCUUGUUGACAUCGACAUGCAUAAAACCAAUGGGUCCCGAGACGAGGUUGCGUUGCCUCCGCGAUCUGCUCUACCGUCGACGGAUCAUAUUUGGGCUAGCGUCCUCAUCGACCACUGUUGGAUCAAGGGAGGUUACGGGGAUGGAGCUAAUACGCUUGUUGAAACUUUGGAGUGUUUGCAAAAAGGCAUUUCUACCGAUUAG